AUAUCAGUACAUCAUGUGAUUACGGCAUAGUCGGGUGUCGUCGGUAGAAUUUCUUACUUACGCCUAGCUAGCCGGAAGUAUACAGUGUAGACCUAUAUAUUCAUCUUCUUCUUCUCCAGUUAAGUGCCGCUUCAUGUACGUCGAGGAUCGAGGAUCCGGAUCUGUCUAUUCCAGCUUGCUCGUCAAUCAUUCAAGGACAAGUUGACUUUUUUUUAUGUUAUAUCGAGAUCGACUUGAAGUUGAAGGGAGGCACUAAGAUGGGGUCCUUGUUUCGGGGUGAGAAGAUGUGUUUGGCCCAGCUCUUCGUACAGUCUGAAGCAGCAUACUCGUGUGUCUCAGAAUUAGGAGAAUUGGGACUAGUUCAGUUCAGAGAUCUCAACCCAAAUGUGAGCGCCUUCCACAGGAAGUUUGUUAGUGAAGUACGUCGCUGUGAUGAAAUGGAACGAAAAAUACGUUACAUAGAGAAGGAAGUGAAGUUAGCUGGUGUCAAAAUUGAAGAGAAUCUCUCAUUCGUCCCAGCUCCUCUACCAAAGGCCAUGAUUGAUCUAGAGGCAGCAUGUGAGAAGACAGAAAAUGAGCUUCGUGAAGUGAACCAGAGCAAUGAGGUUCUUCAAAGGAACUACUUGGAGCUGAAGGAACACCAAUGUGUGUUGGAGAAUGCAAGGGAUUUUUUUGCCCAUGUCCAUCUGCAUGAUGAAGGAGGUCAUUACCAGAGAUUGUUGGAUGAGGAAGCAGGUGCAAGAUCUUCCAGAGACAGCAACACUCUAGAUUUCAUCGCGGGAGUAAUCGAGAGGGAGCGGGUUCCAGCAUUUGAGCAGAUGCUUUGGAGAGUCUCAAGAGGGAAUGUCUUCCUCCGUUAUGCAGAGAUCAUUGAGCCUUUCAAUGAUCCAAUCACGGGCAAUGAGAUACACAAGUUUGUCUUCAUUUUGUUCUACCAAGGGAGCCAGCUUGGUAUGAGGGUUAAGAGAAUCUGUGAAGGGUUCCGUGCUUCACAAUACCCAUGCCCAGAAGACUUUAAUGAAAGAAAUGAAAUGUCAACAGGGAUUGCUACUCGUCUUCAAGAUCUACAAAUUGUUUUGGUUCAAAUGGAUGAUCAUCGUCAGCGCUUGCUUGCUUCCGCUGCAGUCAACCUGUCCUCUUGGUUCAUCAAAGUUCGGAAGCUGAAGGCCAUCUACCAUACCCUCAACAUGUUCAACUUUGAUGUGACAAGCCGCUGUCUGAUUGGUGAAUGUUGGUGCCCAGCUGAUGAGCUUGGAGACAUUAGAUUGGCAUUGCAGCGUGGAACACAAAAAAGUGGCUCCUCUGUUCCGUCCAUCUUAAAUCGCAUCUCAACAACCGCCAACCCUCCCACCUAUAACAAGACCAACAAGUUCACUUUAGCUUUCCAGGAGUUGACUGAUGCCUAUGGAGUAGCUACCUACAGGGAGGUUAAUCCUGCCCCCUUUGCCAUUAUCACCUUCCCAUUCCUGUUUGGUGUGAUGUUUGGUGAUGCAGGCCAUGGACUUCUCUUAGCGCUCUUUGGACUUUGGCUCAUCUUGAAGGAAAACAAACUCAAGUACAGCAUGGGCAAUGAUGAUAUGUUUGGACCGAUAUAUGGUGGUCGCUACAUGAUCCUUCUGAUGGGUCUUUUCUCCAUCUAUGGUGGAUUUAUAUACAAUGAUUGCUUCUCAAAGUCCCUCAACAUAUUUGGAUCUGCUUGGACAGUCAAUGGAACUGAAUGCUUAAAAGACUUUGAUCCAGACACUAUGGCUCGGGCGAUGUUAGAUCCUAAAGUCUGUUUCAGUGGCAAUCCAUAUCCAUUUGGUCUUGAUCCUAUAUGGCAGAUUGCUCCUGCAAAUAAUCUGAAUUUCAUCAACUCUCUGAAGAUGCGUCUCUCAGUCAUCUUGGGUAUUAUGCAGAUGACAUUUGGUGUUCUACUAAGUUCUGUCAACCAUGUCAUCAACGGCCAACGACAUCGCCUCUUCUUGGAGUUUCUACCCCAGAUCAUCUUCAUGGUAGCCAUCUUCGGCUAUCUUGUCUUCCUUAUCUUCUUCAAAUGGUUUGCUUUUGGACCAUGGAACUCAGACACAGCUCCUAACCUCAUCAAUGUUCUUAUCUACAUGUUUCAGCUCCAAGUACCUGAUCCAGUCAUGUACUCUAACCAAAAACUGGUUCAGAUGAUUCUACUGGCUUUGUCUUUAGUGUGUGUACCUUGGAUGCUACUAGGAAACCCCAUCUAUCAGUACUUCAAACACAGACAUGCUGAAAAACUCAGAAGCAAUGGCUAUAUGCCAUUGCCAACGAGUGACUCUGUGAAUGUUGAUGAUGAGGAUGUUCAGGUCUUGCAGGCUGUUGUUGCUGAAGGCAAUGGACGGCCCUCUACAUCCAGUCUAUCUCAGUCUUUCAAUGAUGAUGUAUUUGAAGAGUCACUCCAUGAAGAGGAAAAGUUUGAUUUAGGCGAGAUCUUUACCUUGCAAACCAUCCAUACAAUUGAAUACUGCCUUGGUUGUGUAUCUAAUACAGCAUCCUAUCUCCGUCUAUGGGCUCUCAGUCUAGCACAUGCAGAGCUAUCAGAAGUACUAUGGAAGAUGGUGAUGAAGAAUGGCUGGUUUCUGGAUUCCAUGUUUUCUGAUAAGAGUGGUGUCUGGGAAUAUGUGUCAGCUAUAGCGGGAGGAUUCAACUUGUUCUUUGUGUUUGCUGCCUGGGCUGCUAUGACUGUAGCUAUUCUGCUCUUGAUGGAGGGAUUAUCAGCAUUCUUACACACAUUGCGAUUACACUGGAUUGAAUUUCAAAACAAGUUCUACAAGGGGGAAGGUUAUGUUUUUCUGCCCUUCAGUCUUGCCAACCUGGAAGCAGAGGAGUAGGACAGACUCUGGUUUUAGUCCUAUCCAAUCUAAUUGAAGAUUAACAGUUGUCAGUAUAACUAGUGCUUGUGCCUGGCAACUUUACUUUAGUUCCAGAUCAAUUCAAGUCAAAUCACUUAAUCAAAAAUAAUAUGAAUUUUUUUUUUGAAUGAUUUUCAUUUGCUGAUAAUCAACAUUUAUCAAGUAUGAGAGCAUUCCUAAUUUAUUCAGGAUAUAGAAGCACUCACAUUUUAUCACACCUGUCCUUUAUGAAUAUGCUUUGGCUACCUAGUGUCAUAUAUAUUUCAUGUGAUAUUACCUGUAUAAUAUGUGGAAAUUCAGAUGUCAUGCACCAUGGGUAUCAUACUACUCUGAAUGAAAUUACUGAUAUAGUAGACAUGUACUUCCAAAUUUGAAAAGCCAUAAUGAAAAUCGACUUGAGAGCAAAUUUAAAGAGAAGCUGGAAAGCAACCAUUAAUAUUUGUCAUAUCUAAUUUUCUUUUUUUUUAAUUGAUGUAAAAAACAUGUUCUUAUAUAUAUUCUCUAUAUAUGUGAUUGCAAGAUUUCUUAACCUUCAAAGUGAAAUUCAAGGUUAAAGAAAAAUCAAGAGGUCGUUCAA